GAUAUUACUCGUCACCUCGUUUCAAUGUGUUAUGUACGAUCAUUGCUUCGGUCCCGACGAGACGAGCCAGUCAAGUGCAAAAAAAUCAUAUUAAUAAUGUGGCGCACAUACUUGUCGUCGCGACAUCGACGGUUGAUCUGCUGAACAUGAAACCACAUACCAAGAGAUCAACGUAAACUGGAAUGUGUAGCAUACGAGAUACACAUUCCUGUCCUCAAGCACUGCGGGACGUAUCUAAGACUGUGCUUUUGCAUUCCAGGGCUAUAAAUAUAGGUAAACAAGCAUUAUGGCGUGAAAUGAAGGGAACCAUGAUAGGAGAUUGGAUACGCGAGGAGAUUUUACUACAGUUUACUACCCACGAAGAGCUGAGAAGCUACGAGUUGACCCGUUAACACAUAAGAAGACGUGGAUUCCCAAGACUUCCUUAGCUAUUUUCCUGUUGUUCGUUCAACCAGCUCUUUUUUCAGUAUUAAUUUAAGCCAGUCUACUCGGCCCAAUUCAUUCAAGCUGGCAGUCUUUCGAUCUCUUCUGGAUAUCAAACUCCCAGACUUCAAGUCAAAAAAGUAGAUACUUUAUCAACGCACCUCUCUACACCGAACACCAAAAUGCAUCAACCAACCCUCCUCAGCCUCGCGUUCCUCCUUCUCCCCCUUUCCACACUCGUCACCUGUCUCGAAAGCAACUCUCAAACCGGCAGUGGCAGUGGCAGUGAAACCUUCAGCGGGACCUCCAACGGAAACCUCAAUCCCAACGGUAACAGCAACGCCAACCAAAACCAAAACCAGAAUUACAACACCAACGAAAACGAGAACUACAACAGCAACACCAACAUCAACAACAAUUACAACAUCAAUUAUAACCAUAAUGCUAAUUACGAUAUUGAUGUGAAUGACAAUGACAAUGACGACGAUGAUGAUAAAAAAGACGGGGUAGUUUACACGACUGAAAUUGUCACGGCGCUGACGACUUAUUGUCCCAAGGCGACGGUGAUUGAGCAGAACGGGAUUGCGUAUACGAUUACUGAGGCUUCGACACUUACUAUUACAGAUUGUCCCUGCACACAAACGCGCGCUCUCCCCGGCAUAGCCCUCACACCCGCCAUUCUUCCCCAGUCGCCCCUCUCAACAAUCGUCCCUACCACCGCUUCCCUCGCCGCUCUCACAACCCCCUCUUCUCUCCCUGCAGCAGGAAUUCUCCCCCUCUAUCCCCUCUCAUCCCUCCCCGCAUCCAUCCUCCCUCAAUCUCUCCCCUCAGUCGGCAAUGCCGAUAUCCUCGCUGCUUCUGUUCUCCCGUCGGUUAUUCCCGCCGCGACGAAUCCAGCUACAAUUGACGAAUCGGCGUUCGGAGCGACGCCGAGCGAAAUUGGGGAUGUGGCGGGGGAUGAGAGUGGACCGGUGCAGUUUUUGGGGGCGGCGGGGAGGAGCGCGAGGGAAGUGGGGUUUGGAGGGUUGAUUGGGGGGUUUGGGGUUGUGGGAUUGUUGGUUUUGUAGGGUUGGGGUUCUGCUUCAUGGAGGAAUUAAGAGGAUUUCUGCGAGAGAAUUGAUUGGGAAUACGAAUGGGGUUUGCAUGGGAUGGGACGGGAUGGGAUGGGGUGAGAUCAGAUAUUUUCGGGUUGAACUUUUGAACGCUGGAAUGGUAAUGUAGUUAUGUUCUUUCAGGAUUUCACGCUGGUUUCAGAUUGAGGAAUUGGGAACGGGAAAGAAAACUCA